UCAGUUUUGUCUUGGGUUUUGUCCAGGCUGUGCGCCCCUCAGGGUCCCCUCCUCUCCAACUGGGAAACGCAUACACAAACCUUCAGCUCAAUCAAACCGCAUUCGAGUUGCUGAAUCACUCAACUCGUAUUCGACAUUCCAAGGCAGCAGAUCCACAGGCAAAUUUCUCGGUCCAUUGGUUUGUCGGCAUGGGGAAGUACUAUUGUGACUACUGUGAUGUCUUCCUCGUCAGUGAAAGUCCUUCCGUUCGCAAGGCUCACAACAGUGGUCGAAACCAUCUGACGAAUGUCAGGGACUAUUAUUCUUCUCUGGGUCAUGACAAGGCUCAAAGUUAUAUCGAUGAAAUCACACGGAUGUUUGAAACGGGUGGUGGCAAUUCAACCUCUAAUCGUGGACCAGGUGGAAACCCUCCUGGCUCACAGCCGGGGCCUCCUAAUGCUGGCAUGAGUGGUCCCAUGCGACCCCCCUUCUCGAAUUCGACUGCUGGUCCCAACAUGCCACCACUUCCGCCUGCCAUGUUAGCAUUAAUGAAUGGCCAAAACGGCAUGUCUUCCCCCGGUUCUGGUCCGCCCCCUAUGCGCUUCGCAGGCCCGCCAAUACCAAAUAACAUGCCUCCCGGAAUGAUGCAGCCUCCUCAUGUGAAUGGCUAUUCAUCUGGCCCACUUCCCCCGCAACCUCAACCAGCUUCUGGAGGACAGGGCGCACCACCAUUGACAGCUAGAAUGAACCCUGAUCGUGCUCGUCAACUUGGGUUGAUUUAAGCUUCUAGAGAAUGAAAAUUGCGUUCAGAAGUCCAAAGUACUUAAUCGAUCACAUUGAAAAAGGAAGAAGUACUAAAAACUGAAAGUCAGAAGUAGCUCCCCUGGGAAUCACCCCCAGCCAUUGUAACUCUAAGUAUUAAAAUUGCAAAGAACAUAACAUCAUUGGGCUGUGUGCAAAUCCAAUGAUGUCCCUGACAAAUUCUGAUCUGAUUAAUAGAUAAUUCUGCGGUCUUCAGAAUUAUGGAAUUGCAGAUCCAAUGCUGAGUUUUCUCAUUACAAACUUGACAUUCAAUU